CCGGACAGGACCGGUGCACAGUGAGAAUGAGAACCGCUCUGAGCCUAGAGACAAACCGUCAAAACAAGAACCAGCUGGCAUUUCUCUCUGCCUCCCUACUUAUGUAAUAUAAUAUGUCAAGCCAGCGGACCGUGUCCUCUUUCUCCCGAAACGUGUCUCUUCUCCGCUGAAAGCGUAACAACAGCCGCCCUUGUCCUUGCACAGACGGGGAUGUCAACACCGCAAGAUGGUCCGCAUAGCGAGCGUCCUGGGUUUGAUGAUGUUCAGUGUCGCUCUGCUCAUACUCUCAUUGAUCAGCUACGUGUCAAUAAAAAAAGAUUUUCUCUUCAUGACACCCAAAUAUUCAAAUUCAGGUGGGCCUCGGAUGUAUAUGUUCCAUGCGGGAUUUCGGUCUCAGCUGGCCAUGAAGUACCUGGACCCUGCCUUCACCCCUCUGACCAAGGCCCUGAACGAGGGCCUGCAGGAGAACGCCUCCAAAUGGCGCUAUAACAGAACGGCAUUCACAGAACAGAGAAAAGAGAUCUCUCAGCACAUCGACAUCGCCCACAACUUCACCCUGACCCGGAGCAGCGUGCGCGUGGGUCAGCUGAUGCACUAUGACUACUCCAGCCACAAGUACGUGUUCUCUAUCGGAGAGAACUUCAAGUCCCUGCUUCCCGAGGCCUCCCCCAUCGUCAACAAGCACUACAAUGUGUGCGCCGUGGUGGGGAACAGCGGCAUUCUCACAGGGAGUCGUUGUGGUCCCGAGAUCGAGAACUUUGACUUCGUCUUCCGCUGCAACUUCGCUCCCACUGAGAUCUUCCGCCGGGACGUGGGGCGGAGGACCAACCUCACGACCUUUAACCCCAGCAUCCUGGAGAAGUACUACAACAACCUGCUGACCAUCCAGGACAGGAACAACUUCUUCCUGAGUCUGAAGAGGCUGGACAGGGCCAUACUCUGGAUCCCUGCCUUCUUCUUCCAUACCUCGGCCACGGUGACCAGGACACUGGUCGACUUCUUUGUUGAGCACAGAGGACAGCUGAAGGUUCAGCUUGCCUGGCCUGGCAACAUCAUGCAGUACGUCAACAGGUAA